AUGCCCACACACCUCCCCACGCCCCCCGCCGAGCCCCUCGUCCGCGCUGCCCAGGCUACAGUCUACCUCCACACCCCUUUCCACCCCAAGGCGGAAGAAUAUGCUGCCACCCGCUUCGCCAAGCUCCUCCGCCCGAGCGAUGGCCCAUGGGAAACACUCAUGCCCCAGAUCGACGCCAUCCUGCUUCGAACGGGCACUGUAACCUCCGACAUGGUCAAAGCCGCCCCCAAAUGCCGUAUCAUCUCUCGAAACGGUACCGGCGUCGACAACGUCCCUAUCCAAACCUGCCUCUCCCAAUCCAUCGCCGUCACCAACGUCCCGGGCGGCAACGCCAAAGUCGUCGCCGAGCUCGCCUCACCCUCAUGCUCACCGUCCUUCGCCGCGCGCUCGAAGUCGAUCGCCGGAUCAGAGGCGGGGACUCGUGACGGCAUUCGGCUGCCGAGUCGUCGUCUUUUCCCCCACUUCCCCUCCUACCCGCUGGACCUCCUCCGACGCCAGCUACCAGACGCCCCUCCCCCCCACACCCGCGCUUCUUCCCUCGAAGAGCUUCUCCGCCAAGUCGACGUCGUCUCCCUCCACUGCCCCCUCAACGACAGCACGCGCAACUUGAUAGGAGAGAAGGAGCUGGGGUGGAUGAAGGACACGGCGGUGGUGGUCAACACGGCGAGGGGAGGGAUCGUGGAUGAGAGGGCGUUGGAGAAGGCGCUCAAGGCGAGGAAGCUGGGAGGAGCGGGGCUGGAUGUGUUUGUGGUCGAGCCGGCGUACGGAGAGUCUUUGGGCGGGUUGAGAGAGCUGGACAAUGUCGUUCUGUUGCCUCAUCUCGGUGGUAGUACCGACGGCGUCACUCUCGACGGCUGCAAUAUGGCUAUCGACAUCAUGGCCGAUUAUCUCGACGGCAAGGGGGCCAUCAACCGCGUUGUAUAG